AUGGAUGAAAUGACGCGCUUGUUUUCACCAUCCUGUUGGGUUCCUGGAAAAAGUCGAGAUGAAGUGAUGAAUGAGUUUUUUGCUGGAAUCAUGGAAGCUUAUGAUAGUUUGAUGAGCAAUAAUACUAUCCAGAAAGAUCUUGAUAUUCCUUAUGGACCAGAUGAGAAUCAAAAAGUUGAUGUCUAUGGAGAUGUUCAAGAUAAUCUUCUAAUAUUUUUUCACGGUGGAUAUUGGGUGGAAGGUGACCGAAAGUAUUGUCUAACUCCAGUUCCUGCUACACUUGACGGUGGAUUUGCUUUUGCAUCGUUGGGUUAUGGUCUUGCAACGAAUGGUCGAACUUUGAGUGAUUGCGUUAGCGAUGCGGUAAAGGGAGUGGAGUUCUUGCUACAAAAAUAUCCAAAUGCAUCCAAUAUUCACAUUGGUGGGCACUCUGCCGGAGCCCAUUUGGCAUUCCAAGCUGCUGUCAAGGUUCACAGUCCAAGUAUCAAGGGAUUAUUACUAUUUGCUGGAGUGUAUUUUUUGGAAGAAUUGGUUGGAACUGAAAUCGGAAAUGCUAUCAACUUGACCAUUGACCAAGCAAAGCUGAACAGUUGCGAUCCGACUCUUUUGGAUGGAAUGUUUCUCAGAAAAUCGGUAACGUGGAAUUUGUGA